AGUCGGGGGCGGUAUUGCACCAAUUUCCUUGUUUGCCAAUUGCCAAAAAACAACGAAGAAGAAUCCUGGUUGGCCUCAGCUAGAAAACUGCUGCAUUGUCCCAUUCCAGCUAAUAUUUCAGUAACAAUGUCUUCAGUUCAGCAUCUCAGAGAGUUUAUCAGAGAGAGACUAACUGCUGCUGCUCAAGAAAUCUUCACCGAGGUUGAAAAAACCAUCAUUUGCUACGAGGAAGAGCUCGAUGCUCAGCGCAGAAUGAUGGGGAUCAACUGGAAACCAGAAAUUAAGCUACACAGAAUCGGUUCGGAGCUGCAGAGGCAAAGUUCUGACCUCCAACAGCCAAGUGUCUCAAAUGAGGAAGAAGCUUAUGCCAUCCAACAAGUCUGGAGCCUGGCAAGUAGGUCCAGUCAGGACCAGAAAGAAGCAGAACCUCAGUGGACUGAAGAGGAACAGAUGGAACCACAACAAAAAUGGAUGAAAGAAGAAGAAGAUGAACUAGAACCUGCACUGCUUAAACAUGAGGAAAUAGAAUUUCCACUAACAAAUGUUAAAAUAGAGGAACUAGAUUCUUCAGUGCUUCCAUAUGAACAGCAGCCACCGGAACAUUUACCAACUGGACAGAACCAGAAGAACCUCUGCAGCAGUCAGGAGAAAGGGCAGCUUGUCCAGAAGCAGUUUGUUGCUUUGAUUGAGACUUCUACUCUUCAGGAAGAUGACAUGAAUGAAGAAGAGAGAAGAACAGAGCAGCUUUCCCUUCAUAUCUCUCCUGUGGUUGAAAGCAAAGAUCAGGAAGGAAGCAGCUCCUCUGUGUCAGAGAGUCAAUCUGGUACAAAGAAAAAGUCUUUCAAAUGUGACAUUUGUGGGAGAUGUUACCCACAACAGUGGAAGUUGAAAAACCAUUACAGAACUCACACUGGUGAGAGACCUUUUUCAUGCCAAUCAUGCGGAAAAAGUUUUUCUAGAAUUAGUCAUUUAUAUCGUCACAAGAAAAUUCAUACAGGGGAGAGACCUUUUUUAUGCCAGUCAUGUGGAAAAAGUUUUUCUAGAAUUAGUCAUUUAAAUGCCCACAAAAAAAUUCACACCGGUGAGAGACCUUUUUCAUGCCAGUCAUGUGGAAAAAGUUUCUCUCGAAUUAGUCAUUUAAAAGAUCACAACAAAAUUCAUUCCGGUGAGAGACCUUUUUCAUGCCAGUCAUGCGGAAAACGUUUCAUUCGAAUUAGUAAUUUAAAUGACCACAAGAGAAUUCAUACAGGUGAGAAACCUUUUUCAUGCCAGUCAUGUGGAAAGAAUUUCACUCGUCUUAGUAGCUUAAAUCAUCACAAGAUGAGUCAUGCAUUUGAGAAGGGUUCUCAUGAUAAACAAUAAAUCAAUCAACAGUAAAUAAAUAUGAGCUUAAUAAUAAAAUAAUGUCUAUGAUAUUGCUUCUUCGUAUUCAUCGUCUCUCCUUCUAUGAAGAGACUGGAUGACAAAAACUUUUGCUCCAGUGGCUCAUGUUAUUCCCUCCCUUCUUGUUUUCUUGGUAACGGUUAAACACACAGGGAGCUAAAAGAGCCAAUUUUCUUCCACUCCGGCUCAACAUCUGGCACACGAUAGUGAUGACAGCAACAAAAGAUGAAAAGUUUCCAACUUCGUGGCAUAGCGUCUAUAACCCCCGCGUGUAUGAGCUACAAAGGUCACAUACACAAAUUAUGUAUUUCGCUCAGCUGGAUGAGAGCUAGCGACUGUCGACUUACCACGCAAUCUCUGUAAGAGGGAGAAGUACUGUCUCCUGUCACUGUGUGACCAUUACUUCACUUACCUGCUGGGCUCCUUGUCUCCUACCACAGAGUGUAGCAUAAAGCCUGGUGGGGAGGAGCAAGCAGUCUGGGACCGUGUUGGAUUCAAACUACAAUCUAUCCACGUUUCCUGGAGACGUACGGGGUUAUAAAGAGACACCCUUUCAUUUGUCUUCUUUUUUCUAUUUUGAAAACCUGAAUGUUAUUUUCUUCACUGCAUAGUUCAACUCGGUCGUUUUAGUCUUUGGCUGCUGCUGAACACUGUUGCCUUCAAGUUCACUAAGCAGGAGCAAACCAUUUAAUGCAGAUCCACAGGGCUGGUCCGUAAAUAUGGAUCUUUGCUUUUUGAUCUGGGAAUGGUAACUUAAUUUUUACUGCUUAAAACAAGUAAAACAAAAAAAACUAUAUUAUUGACAGAGGCCCUAAUAUUUUUUUCUAUUUAUAUAAAUGUUAACCCCUGUCUGUUAAGGGAUUAUCAUAACAUUUCCUUCCUGUGUGCAAGCUAAUGUCUUGGCACUGAAAAUUAGCACAAGUGCAGUUGAAAUGCUCCUUUUUGAAACAUUGCACUACGUUUUACAUAGCUCAUCUGUGAUGUCACUACAGUAAAACUAUGAGGAAGAUUCUGAAAGUAGACAAUCAGGACGCUUUCAGAAUCCUCCUUAGAUUUCCAAAAUGAACAUCUGCAAGUCAAAUGUUUGUCAUGAGUAGCAUAUCAAUGUUUUAUGUUUUGCUGAGGAAUUUCAUGUAUGAAUUUAUGUGCUGAUUGGAUGUAUCAAAAACUUGACAAUAAAAACUCUGACAACAGCAA